UGAUAGUGUGUGAAUUUAUUGUGGUAGUGAAGAGGACCCUUUCAUUGUACUUAUUUAUUAUUUUACAAAGGCGACUUACUAGAGUUCAACCCUAAUUUUGUAGAUAUUAGUGUGAAUUUAUUGUGUGGAGAGCUCAUUCAUAAAACAUAGAGGAUAAAUACGUUGAUUUUGUUGUUUGUAGAUAGUACAGUGAGACAUUGUUGUGAAGGUGAAGAAGACACUCAUUCAUAAAACUAGAGAAAUACGUUGAUUUUGUAGAUAGUAGAGUGAGACUUUGUUGUGAAGCAGGAUGAAGGGGGAAGCGAGCUUACCAGGUAUAUACGUCAUCAAGUCACUGGUCACUACGAAUGGAGUUUCAGAUGAAAAGAUAGAGCCUGAAAAACCAAAAGAGAAAUCUCAUCGACAAUGGAUGUGUGCAAUCAUAGCGACGCUCUCCCUCUUCACGAUGGGCAUGAUCGUGGGCUGGACCUCGCCCGUCAUCCCCAAGUUCGGCGAGGACCCGGAGGCACCCUCACUCGACGAGCACCAGGUGUCCUGGGUGGUCUCCCUGGUCUACUUCGGAGGCCUGUUCAGUCCACUAGCCACCGGGCUCCUCAUGGACCGCUGCGGUCGCAAAGCGGGUCUCAUCCUGACAUCGGCUGAAGCGAUUCUGUCCUGGGUUGUCCUACUUUUCACGAAGAGUCCUACAGGGGUGUAUGUGGGGAGAUUCCUGGGGGGAACAGUUGGAGGGAGCGCGUUUACAGUGGUCCCAAUUUAUAUCUGUGAGAUUGCCACACCUAAAGUCAGAGGUGCCCUGAACUCGAUUACCCUCAUCAUGGCUUGGUGCGGGGUGCUCUUCGAAUAUGCUGUGGGUCCAUACGUGUCCUACUUCACCCUCAACCUCCUCUCCGGAAUCGUCCCCCUCCUAGUCCUCCUCCUAACCUUCAUCAUGCCGGAAUCCCCCUACUACUACACCAUGGUCAACCAACCCACCAAAGCAGCCCAAUCUCUAGCCUGGUUACGCUGCACCACAACUCACCACAUCCACACAGAACUGCUCACAAUCCAGGAAACAGUAUCAGACGCAAUGAUACACAAGAAAGGAAUGACAGAUCUUUUGGGAACCUCAGGCAACAGAAAGGCAUUCCUCAUGACGUCAGUCCUAGUCAUUGUGACAAGGUUAUCGGGGAUAAGCGUCAUCAUCGCAUAUGCGGCACAAGCCGUACCUGAUUCGGGCUUCAUCACCACAGAUCAGUGCGCCAUGUUGAUCUGUGGUACAUGGAUCGUGGUAGGACUACUAGCCACUUCCCUCAUCUCCCGUUUUGAACGCAAACCUUUAAUGGUUGUCUCAUGUCUAGGGUGCAGCCUGGCAACCUUCAUCUAUGGUCUCUACCAUUUUCUCCAAACCAACACCAACCUGAACCUAGCCCCCUACACCUGGGUUCCCCUGACCUCCCUCAUCCUACAUUCCGCGUUUUUCUCAGUGGGUCUAGGUUGUGUACCCAACAUGGUGCAAGGGGAGCUCUUCGCAUCCAACAUCAAAGGCGUUGCUAGUGGGACCACGUGUAUUGUGAUAGCUAUAACAUCGUUCCUCACCAACAAACUCUACUACCCUGUGGCAGAACUUAUGGGAAUUCAUGUCAACUACUGGUUUUACACGGUGGCGUGCAUUGGUGGUGCACUGUUCAGCCAUUAUGUGUUGUUAGAAACCAGGAACAAAACACUCCAAGAGAUACAGAUUGAGUUGACCGGUGAGGGAAAGGUAACGCCCAACUUGGAACCUAAUCCCAAAGACUCACCUAUUAUUUGAAACGAUAACCAGAAGGGAGCCAUCCAAUGUGCGAUUUCCAAUGAGCUUAGAUGAGGAAGAUUAAUGAAAAAUAAGUCAAUUUAUAGUUAUUGUAUAAUGAUUAUUUAAAAAACAACACUCCACUUAUAUGGGCUACUUUUGUUGGUACAUUUGAUUGAAAUAUUUCAAAGUUUUUAAUAAUAAAGGGUACUACAAGUUUUUAUUAAUUUGAUUAUUUCAGAUAUCCAAUUGAAGCUAUAUGAAUAGAACUAAAGACUUCUGCUACUAUGCAAAUAUUGAAAUAAUAUUUAUAAUACAGUGAUAAUAUUCCAGCAGUUGAUUCAACUG